GACGUUCUCACACAUACAGUUUCACAGACAUCUUUGCCUGCAUUGCGCUACGCCAUUGCCAGCAACGGAAAACAUUCCUUGCUGCAAUCAUAUUAUGGUAAUUUCUCUUUCUUUUCCUGUAAAAAUUACAUAAUAUGUAGCAUCACAGUUACACACAGCUUCCUCUGCAAAUUGAUUUGGGUAAUAAUAUUGUUUAAAUUAUGUCGGCUAUGGCUUUCCUGGUGUGUAUUUAGCCAUGCAGCAGCAUGGAUGUCAUGCUUUUAUUUCUCUAUAACUCUAUCCUGAACUUGUUGGGUUGCGCGGCCCUGCUCUUAAGUCUCCCUGACUUCAUUUGGAAUACUCCCCAGCCGCCUGGUUGUCCCAUUAAUCUGUUCGUCUCGUUCUCGCUGAACGUCAAUGCCAGUGUCUACCUUGGGAACGUUACCGGCUUAUUCGGCAAACUGUGCGCGGAGCAUGCCACGCCCACCGCACAACGUAUUAAGCGCUGGAUGUGUCGGCUGUUGGCCGUGUGGAUUGCCGUCCUCUUGCAGCGUACCACGGCGUACCUGCUGCGCCCAGUGGAGGUUCCUCACAUCGCGAAUGUCACAGCAACUAACGUCACCAAUGCCAGUCACACGGCCCCGGCGACGGACUCGGCCGGGGUGGCGUUACCGUGGAACAACUUCAUUCUUUCUAUAUACGUUAUAGUACCCAUAAUUUUUCUAUGGGAAUGCACGGUUGCGGAGUUCUUCGCGCAGCGACCCGGACCGGAUAAUGGCUGCGCGUUCUGCAGGAGCUCCCCGGGGACCCUGCGCUUUUGCACCGUAGCAAAGAUCUUUUCGGUGGUGUUUCAGCUGUACACUCUUGUGCAUUUGUUGACAGUAACAUGAAGUUGUUAGGGAAGAUACCAGAUACAUAAUGCCUUUGUAUGCUUCCUGAAUCCCUUAGUUGAAGCUUUUAUCUUUCAGAAAUGCACGCGCAGAAUUAAUUUUUGUGCUCGUACUGAUACUGCUUUAUGGUAAUUGUAUUCUAUGAUCUCCGUACAUGGAGCCAAACGUCCUCGUUUCGCGCAACUUGCGGUUACUGCA